GCAGCCUCUGGGCACUGCAGCCUAGAACCCCCUGCCCCAGUUGCUUCUCCUGUCCCACACCCUCCAUCUGUGCUGGCUUUCAAAGGGCCAUUUUCUCCCUUCCUCCUCAUCAGGCAAAGGAAAGCAAAGGAAGAGUGCGCCCGCCUCUCAAUGCGAAGCCACAAGAGGAAGAAAGGGCACGAAGGUCUCUCUCCCGAGCAGCGUGAGCCCAGCCGGGGCAGAUCCCAGCACACGCUGAGCCUAGGGGGAUUAUGAGGCAAACAUGAGCCUCCUGCAGAAGUGGGUGUUAGCAGCUUUCAUCUCCCUCGUGCCUCAGUCAGGUCGCGCUAAGGCGGAGACGCAGCCUGGUGCUUUGCAGGGGAGGUUUCCCAGCCCCAGAUGGGACACAAGGCCGGUUGCUUCAGAAAUCACCCACCCCAGCAGGUUAGUGGGGCAGAGCGCGGGAGGAGAAGUCCAGAAGCAUCAGCUGGACACCAGGGUCAGGAAUGCGCCUCGAGGAGGAGGCAGCCCUGACAUUGUGAUCCUGUGCAAAAAGAGAGGGUUACGCAUUGGGAAGUUCACCAAGGCCCAGUUAAUCGUGCAGCUGGAGGACGAGGACCGUUCUAAGGAGCAGAUUCCUGACCCAGACGGGGUUACAAGAGGAUCUGGGAGCAGCUGGAGCACAGCCCAGCGGGUUCCCUUGGUCCCGCGCUCCCGCUCACGUCUCUCUCUGCGUCCCCAGGUGCGGCGAGCCCAGCACACCGUGCACAGCGAGACCAAGUACAUCGAGCUGGUGGUGGUCAACGACCAUCAGCUGUUCGAACAGAUGCGCCGGUCUGUGGUCCUCACCAGCAACUUUGCCAAGUCCGUGGUGAACCUGGCGGACAUGAUAUACAAGGAGCAGCUGAACACGCGCGUCGUGCUGGUGGCCAUGGAAACGUGGGCCUCCGAGGACAAGAUCCACGUGGGGGAGGAUUCGCUGCAGACGCUGAGCGACUUCAUGAGAUACCGGACGGAGGCGCUGCCGGAGCAGAGCGAUGCUGUUCACCUCUUCUCCGGGAGGACGUUCCAGAGCAGCCGCAGCGGGACUGCCUACGUGGGAGGGAUCUGCUCCCUCACCCGGGGUGGGGGUGUCAAUGAGUACGGGAACGUUGGCGCCAUGGCGGUGACUCUGGCUCAGACCCUCGGGCAGAACGUCGGCAUGAUGUGGAACAAGCAGCGGCGCGCCGCAGGGGACUGCCGGUGUCCAGAUUCCUGGCUGGGCUGCAUCAUGGAAGACACGGGGUAUUACCUCCCGCGCAAGUUCUCCUGUUGCAGCAUCGAGGAGUACAGUCAGUUCCUGCAGGAGGGUGGGGGCAGCUGCCUCUUUAACAAACCCUUAAAGCUGCUGGACCCCCCAGAGUGCGGCAAUGGCUUUGUGCAGGCCGGAGAGGAAUGUGACUGCGGCUCGCUUGCGGAGUGUGCAAAGGGCGGUGGCAACUGCUGCAAGAAAUGCACCCUGACCCACGAUGCCAUGUGCAGCGACGGGCUCUGCUGCAAAGGCUGCCAGUACGAGCCGCGGGGCACACCGUGUCGGGAAGCCGUCAAUGAGUGCGACAUCCCGGAGAGCUGCACUGGGGACUCCAGCCAGUGCCCACCCAACCUGCAGAAGCUGGACGGCUACUUCUGCGACCACGAGCAGGGCCGGUGCUAUGGGGGCAGGUGCAAAACCAGGGACAGACAGUGCAAUGCACUCUGGGGGCGUGCGGCUGCCGACAGGUUCUGCUACGAGAAGCUGAACGUGGAAGGGACCGAGAGAGGGAACUGUGGGCGCGAGGGCCCAGCCUGGGUGCAGUGCAGCAAACAAGACGUCCUGUGCGGCUACCUGCUGUGCAGCAACAUCACGGGCGUGCCGCGGCUGGGCGAGCUCAGCGGGGAGAUCACCACGAUGACCUUCUACCACCAGAACAGAUACGUCGACUGCAGAGGUGGGCACGUCCAGCUGGUGGACGGCUCGGACCUGAGCUACGUGGAGGAUGGCACGCCCUGCGGCCCCAGCAUGCUGUGUCUUGACCACAAAUGCCUUCCCACAGCAGCCUUCAAUUUCAGCGCCUGCCCUAGCAGCUGGGACGGGAUGAUCUGCUUUGACCAUGGGGUCUGCAGCAACGAGGGCAAGUGCAUCUGCCAGGCGGACUGGACGGGGAAGGACUGCAGCGUCUACGACCCCAUCCCGGAGCCCAGGCCCACCGGCGAAACCGAGAGAUACAAGGGUCCCAGCGGCACCAACAUCAUCAUCGGCUCCAUUGCGGGCGCCGUGCUGGUGGCGGCCAUUGUCCUGGGGGGAACUGGCUGGGGAUUUAAGAACAUCCGGAGAGGAAGGUAUGACCCGGCUCAGCCGGGGCUGGGCUAGCCCCCAUCACUCAUCUGUCACCCAUCACCA